AGCCGAAGCAAUCAAAGAGGUCGUACACGUUCGGAAUCUCCAGCUCAUAAUCCAUCCCCUGCUCCCCCUUUACCUUGUAAUGAGGAUGAUGAUGCAGAGAAUCUGGGAAAUAUUGAAGGAUCUAACACAACGGCAGAAACCGUCCAGUCACCAUCAUAUGAGGUUGCUACUUUUAAUCCUCAAUCAUCAACAGAGGGCGGAAAUAUCGCAUAG